AUGGAAGAUGAAUUGGAGAGAGCUGCUUUGUCAGCAGUGCUGGAACGGUGGAGCGUGCACACAGCAGUCGGGGGUGUGCAAGCUCAGGCGCCAAGCACUGCAAACUGCGUCCACAGGGCAGUCAGUCCUGGGUGCACAUCAGGGCCUUGGAUGGUCCAGAGAUGCAGAGGAAACAAAAAGUGCUAUUACCUGUGCAGGGUCCUCGCCUGGCACAUCCACCUGGACGUGCAGCCCGCCAAGAGGACGGACUACCAGCUCUACGCCAGCGGGGGCUCUUCCCGCGGCGAGGGCGGUGGCCUGGAGCCUGCCGACGUGCCAGCGCCCAUCCUGCAGAAUGAGGCCGCGCUGGAGCUCCUGCAGGAGAGCAUCAAGCGCGUCAAGGACGGCCCCCCCUCGCUCACCACCAUCUGCUUCUACGCCUUCUACAACACAGAGCAGCUGCUGAACACUGCAGAGGUCUCCCCAGACGGCAAGCUGCUCGCGGCAGGCUUCGACAACUCCUGUAUAAAACUGUGGAGUCUGCGCUCCAAAAAGUUAAAGUCAGAACCCCAUCAAGUAGACGUGUCCCGCAUCCACUUGGCUUGUGAUAUCCUAGAGGAGGAGGAUGACGAGGACGACAACGUGGGCACGGAGAUGAAGGUCCUGCGGGGACACUGCGGGCCAGUGUACAGCACCAGGUUCCUCGCAGACAGCUCAGGGCUGCUCUCCUGCUCCGAAGACAUGUCCAUCAGGUACUGGGACCUGGGCAGCUUCACCAACACCGUGCGGUACCAGGGCCACGCCUACCCCGUGUGGGACCUGGACAUCAGCCCGCACAGCCUGUACUUUGCCAGUGUGUCCCACGACCGCACGGCCCGGCUCUGGUCGUUUGAUCGGACGUACCCACAGCGAAUCUACGCUGGGCACCUGGCAGACGUGGACUGCGUCAAGUUCCACCCCAAUUCAAACUACUUAGCCACGGGCUCGAGCGACAAGACGGUGCGGCUGUGGAGCACCCAGCAGGGGAACUCGGUGAGGCUCUUCACGGGCCACCGCGGCCCUGUGCUCUCCCUGGCCUUUUCCCCCAACGGUAAGUACCUGGCAUCCGCGGGCGAGGACCAGCGGCUGAAGCUGUGGGACCUGGCGUCCGGGACCCUCUACAAAGAGCUGCGGGGCCACACGGACAACAUCACCAGCCUGACCUUCAGCCCGGACAGCAGCCUGAUCGCGUCCGCGUCCGUGGAAAACUCUGUGCGCGUCUGGGACAUCAGAAGCGCACACUGCAGCACCCCCGCGGACGGCUCGUCCAGCGAGCUCGUGGGCGUCUAUACCGGCCAGAUGAGCAAUGUUCUGAGCGUGCAGUUUAUGGCUUGCAACCUCCUGCUGGUGACCGGAAUCACACAAGAAAGUCAGGAACAUUGAUUUGGAUCUUUGAUAUGACAGACUGGGGCGUGUGAAGGGCUCCAGACGGCAAGUCUUAGGACAGACAGAAUCCCUGACUGACUGUGAAGACUCCCCGUGUCCCCCCUUGCCCUGCCGAUGUCCCGAACCCACCACUCUCCACUCAGCCCCCAGGUGUGGAAGCACAGGGCCAGGAAGGGUGGUGACGGGGAGCAAACGUGAGAUAGGAAUCACGGAGACCCCACUGUGUCCUCGUGUGGCCCCUCCCUAUCUCUGGCGCCAAGGUGCCCUUGCCUCGCUGGGGCUGCACUUGACCUGAGGAUGUUUGCCAGGCACCCUCCCCAGGAGCAGUGCCGCAGGGUCACCGGGUAGAAGGGACUCUCUCCAGAUAGGAAUGCGGGGGUGAGAAUUAGGCAAGGGGGCAGGGUCAUCCUGGCAAAUGUUUUUCCUUUUCUGUGAUUACAGAGAACCAGGACUGUUUAUUAUUGUUAUUAUAAUUAUUAUUGAGAAGAGGAGACCUAGCACUGGCAGAGGGGGCUUCUCUGCUCUCAUCUUUCAGGUUUUACUCCUGGCACUGGCUGUGACACUUGGAAUUUUGAGGUUCAGGGAAUUCAGAGAACUUGGUCGCACAGUGUGUUGGGAGAAAGGGAAAUUUUCUGGGUGACAGUUGGACCACUCCAGCUGAUAUGUUUCUAGAAGUGGGUGGGCAGAUUUUACUGAGAAAGUCUUGGGCUCUUGCAGCAAUGGUGGGAAAGAAAGAUUCUUUUUGUGGCUGCACUUCUAUUAACAAUUCUGUCCCCCAAAAGGUCGGACUGUGGUAAAGAAAUGAAAAUAAUUAGAAGUGAAAAGUCAAAAGAAAGAAUUAAAAAAUGUUGAAUUUCCAAAUGAUUCCGAGGUGUGGCUUUUUCCAGCAUCUUUUCCUCCUGAGAUCAUCCCUCCCACCUGCUUUGCGAUAGCAGUUUAACGAACAGUCUGUGAAACAAAUCAUAAGUACGAACACAUGCAUCGAAAACUAUGCUCUGAGGAUGAAGCGACUUCUAAUUUGUGGGAAAAGGAUUAAAUAUUUCUGUUUUCUGAAAAGAGUUAUUUUGUAUUUUGUUUUCUAUUAAAAUGUGUUUAGUUUCAAAAAAAAAAAAA